ACUGAGAGUUACUGUGGUGCCGUCCCCCACCCACUUUACAUAAUUUGGUUUCCCUUUCUUCUUCCCCUCCCCAUUCUAUAGUCUGCAUUAUUAUUGCUACCAUUAAAAUAAGUUUUUUUAUUUUCCGAAAUCCAAAUUCACCAAGUUGUUGACAUUUGAAUGCCAUUAAAGCACAGCCCCCCACACACCCACUUUAUAUAUCAUUAGAUUGGAAUCACCAAGAAAAGAAAUCAGCCUCCCACCAUUUUCAAGAUUUGUAGGCCUAAACCCCAAACACCCACUGUUUUCUCCACCACCACCACCGCCCAGAAAAAGGAAAGAGCAAAAAAAGGUAAAAAGCAAAGAAAUUCAAAAGCACAAAAAUGUCUCCUACUGCCACUAGUAGGGUUCUCUCCUCCCUUCUAUUCCUCCUCCUGUUCAUUACUUCCCAUGGAAUCAUAGACUCUCAGGCAAACACGUCGGCGGCGCCGGAAAAUGAAGGGUGGGUCCCGCUUCUUGAGCCGGGGAAGGCGGAGAAGAUGGCGGUGAUGCUGAAUGACACCCGGAGGAAGCUCGGAAGCUUCCAGAUUUGCGCCCUCUGCACCUGCUGCGGCGGCGCCGGAAAAGGCUACUGCCUCCCAACUCCCUGCUGCUAUGCCAUCAAUUGCAACAUCCCAAACAGGCCCUUUGGCUUCUGCUCUUUCACCCCCAAGACCUGUAAUUGCUUUGGAUGCCAUCUCUAGAAGCAGAAAUACCCAAAAAAAAAAAAAGUACUGUAUCUAUCUUCUUUAAUGCUCUCCCUAUUUAAUUAAGGAAAAAAAAGAGGAAAAUUAAUUUAGUUCCUAGUAAAUCUGAUUGUGUUGAGUGUGGGAAAGGAGUAGGAAUAUCUGUUCUAGAUUAUUUGUUUAUUUCUUGUCUAUAAUUGUUUUGGGGACAGGACAGGACAGCUAUUUCCAGUUCAUUUUUUGCUGCUACUUAGUCCUUGUUUUAGUGUUAAUUUAUGUGGUUGUUUUAGUAGAACCAAGAACUAGGUUGUUUUGAGCUUUGAGUGUGAGAUAAGAAAGCUUGUCUCUCAUAAUGAAAGCUUAGUGGGGUUAAUUAUAUCAUUAUAUUUCCUUUAAAUUAUAUAUUAGUGAUUGAUGUUACCACUA